AUGACAGAUUCAACAACCAAAGAUCACAAUGUCGAUGCUAUUGAAAGUAAUAGUGAUGAACCCGAAUUUGACUUUAAAGAAUAUUAUUCGAGAGAAAGAACACUAUCAUUACGUGAUACAUAUAUUCCAUAUUGUACGGAACUAUUUUAUCGUGAAAAUCCUAUCAAAAUUGUUCGUUGUCAAGGCACUUAUAUGUAUGAUCAAUUGGGAAAUAAAUAUUUAGAUUGUAUUAAUAAUGUCGCACAUGUUGGUCAUUGCCAUCCAUAUGUUGUUAAACAGAUCUAUAAACAAAUGGGUGCAUGUGCAACAAAUAAUCGUUAUUUACACGAUAAUACAGUUAUUCUAGCUGAAAAACUUGCGAAAACAUUACCAAAAAGUCUCGACCAAUUUUUUUAUACGAAUUCAGGAUCAGAAUCAAAUGAUUUAGCACUUCGUUUAGCAAGGCAAUAUACAGGAAAUCAUGAUAUUCUUGUACUUGAUAAUGCUUAUCAUGGGCAUUUGACAACACUUUUCGAAUUAUCAACUUAUAAAUUUAAAAAAGGAAAUAUUGCAAUGAAAGAACCGGAACAUGUUCAUGUUUUACCAAUACCUGAUAUUUACCGUGGUAAAUAUCGUGAUAUUGAUUAUAAUUAUGAUGAAGAAAAACUAAGUCAAUUAUAUGUGAAUGAAGUUCGUCAAAAAGUUGAAGAAGUUGAAUCCCGUGGUCGACGUAUUGCAAUAUUUUUAAUUGAAUCAUUACAAUCAUGUGGUGGACAAAUUAUUUAUCCAAAGAAUUUUCUUAAAAAUGCAUUUGAUUAUCUUCACUCCAAAGGUAUUCUAUGUCUUGUCGAUGAGGUUCAAACUGGUUUCGGCCGAUCUGGUACUCAUUUUUGGGCAUUUCAAUCCUAUGGCGAAGAUGUCGUGCCUGAUUUUGUUACGAUGGGUAAAUCUAUGGGUAACGGAUUUCCUGUGUCGGCUUUGGCGACACGUCGAUGUAUUACACAAAAAUUCGACAACGAUGGUAUUGAAUAUUUUAAUACUUUUGGUGGAAAUCCAGUGAGUUGCCGUGCCGCUAUUGCCGUACUUGAUGUGAUUGAAAGUGAAAAUUUGAUGGAAAAUGCUCGUGUUGUUGGAGCUUAUUUAUUAAAUAAAUUAAAGGAGAUAGGCAAAAAGUAUGACCUUGUCGGUGAUGUACGUGGUCGAGGACUUUUUCUUGGAAUGGAUAUUGUGCGUGAUCCAAAAACUCGUGAACCUGGUAUUGAAGAAGCAAGACAAAUAAAAUAUAGACUUCGUGAGCAUAUGAUUAUAAUUUCACUUGAUGGGCCUGAUCAUAAUGUUAUUAAAUUUAAGUCGCCAAUGUGUUUCUCACAACUCGAUGCAGAUUUUCUUUGUGAAAAAAUGGAAACAGUCAUUGAAGAAAUUCAAAAAACGAGAGAUGAAAAACAAGAAUGA